AUGUUAAUCUGGUGGAAGAGGCUGACGUUGGAGCUGCAGCUCCCGUGGCAGUUCCUCUACCAGACAUGGCCCUGCAACCUUCUUCUUUGUUGGUCUGAGCUACUUCAGAAGAUACAGUUUAAAGACGAAAUCAGAAGAACGAAAGAAUUUAAAAAACAAGGGAAGGACCCUGCAACUGAUUAUGGUAAUCUGGAGGAAGAGGCUGACGCUGGAGUUGCAGCUCCCGUGGGGAAGGAUCCUGCAACUGAUUAUGGUAAUCUAGAGGAAGAGGCUGAUGUUGGAGCUGCAGCUCCCGUGGCAGUUCCUCUACCAAACAUGGCCCUGCCACCUUCAUCUUUGUUGAAGAAACAGUUUAAAGACGAAAUUAGAAGAAUGAAAGAAUUUAAAAAACAAGGGAAGGAUUAUGCAACUGAUUAUGGUGAUCUGGAGGAAGAGGCUGACACUAGAGCUACAGCUCCCAUGGCAGGGAAGGAUCCUGCAAUUGAUUAUGGUAAUCUGGAGGAAGAGGUUGAUGCUGGAGCUGCAGCUCCCGUAGCAGUUUCUCUACAAGACAUGGCCCCGUCACCUUCAUCAUUGUUGGUCUGA